AUGUCUCUGCUCGUUGCAUCUCAGCCUCUGCUAACCGUCGCAGAGCCUGACGCCACGCAAUCGUCUCAGAGAGAGCCUCCGCAGAGUGACACAGGAUACGUCAACAUGAUCUACUUUGUCAAUUGGUAUGCUGGCUCUCAGUCUCAUCUGACCUUUUUAAGCCUUGGAUCCCUAGUCGCGGUUGUGGCUGGAUCAUCUCGACGAAGACUAGGUACUGAUUUUGAUCUCCCCGCUUCUAGUAUAACACAUGUGCUGUACGCGUUCAUGAAUGUACAGAAUAAUGGCACCGUGUACCUGCAUCCGGGAUAUAAUAGCCAUACCAAGACCAUUGAUUCUAAUUCUUCUCAGAUUCACGGAAGAUACCAUAUACGGUUGAAGCUCAGACUUGGGUGUGCUCGUUUGCUGACAGGGGUCGAACCUCAAUCUAUAGCCUGGCUCGAAAGUGAUAAGCAGAAUGCGUUUGGGUGUGUUAAACAACUUUUUUCCCUCAAAAAGGCGCACCGCCAGGUUAAAGUCCUGCUUUCUAUAGGCGGUUGGACUUGGUCUACAAACUUUGCCACUACUGCAGCUAGUGCCGCCGGCAGAUCUAUUUUUGCCAAGUCAGUGACUCUUGUGAAAGACUGGGGCUUUGACGGCGUCGACAUUGACUGGGAGUACCCAGCUACUGAUGAGGAUGCCUCUAAUAUGAUACUCCUCCUUGAGGCGGUUCGAGCCGAGCUCGAUGCAUACGCUGCUGAACACGCACCGGGCUAUCACUUCCAACUUACCAUCGCCGCCCCUACAGGCUCCAGCCACUACAGCAAGUUACACCUAGCGGAUCUUGGCACUAAGGUCGACUACAUCAAUCUCAUGGCCUACGACUAUGCUGGAUCGUGGAGUCCUGUGGCUGGUCACAACGCCAAUCUCUAUGCGAACACGGAUCAGGCUGGCGAUCAAUUCAACCAUCAACUCAAUCCCGUCAAUUUUAUGGAAGUUGAAGUCACGUGCAUCAAUUCAAUCAAUUCCAUUUGA